UGAGCAUGUGGGAAAAUGUGUAUUUUGAUAUCGUACCGCUGUAUACAUCGUCAAGUAAUGUAUGGUGUCUGUGUCAAAUAAGCAUAUAACUUAUGUCUUUGAGCAGCGAUAUCGCACAAAACCGGAGCAAACGUCCAGCGACUCGUAAGUGACGAGUCAGCGAUUGCACAGCUGCAGCAUCAGCGAUCGAAAUUGUACCGACGCACUGCAAAGCCAUUCCAACGUCAGCGAGAGCCGAGAAGCAGCAGCAGCAGCGCAGUAUUCGCGGGGCCUUAGUCGCUGGGAUAUUUACAAUAACAGAGCUCAUAGUGUCAUUGUUGGUUGUUGAUUCGUGCAGUGCGCGACUCCGCGACAAAGAGAAAGAGAGAUGCUCUGAGUCAUUCAGCAGCAUCAUCAUAAUCGCAGUUUGUCGAUUAUUCUGCACAAAACCCUCAGUCAACGGAGCAACUUAACAGUGAAACAUACAGAAUACAUACAGAGGCCUGCGUCGAGCGGCGUAUUUUAUUGCGCGCAGAGGAGAGCCCGACCGUGGCUCUCGAGCUCCGCAAUUAUUUGGCCUCAGUUAGCACUAUUGAAGCAGCGUAUACACGGCCCAAUACAAGUGAUAUUAUAAUAAAAUAAAAGCGAUCUUGGACGAAUGCACCGGGACACGAUUUGUCAAAUAAUCAGCAGCGAAUGACGACUGUGCUAUCUGCUGCUGCUGCUGUCUGUCGCGCCUGUCGCCGAGCUGCCUCGCCGUGUUUUCGUUCGGUGAAAGCCACUCGAUCAGCUCGCCUUACUAGUCAACAAACAUAUAUAAGGAUAGGAGCAUAAAACGGGAGUCGUUCCAGAAUCUGUGCUUAUCGCUGGAUAAAACACCAGUAUCAAUAAGCCAGCAUCAUGGACACCAAGGAAGGCGAACGUCAGCCCCUGUUGAAGAGCGAUAAUACCAACUACAGCAGUAGCGAAGUUGCUGGAUUGGGCCCUGACUCUCAGCAACAAGUCAAUACUGUAGCUCCAAUUGGUCCUGAUGAAUUACCACCAUCUUAUCAAGCUAGCCAGGGUAGUAUGCACAUGGUUACAUGCAGGGUUUGUCAAGCCAUGAUUGAUAUUUCUGGAAAAAGAGAUCAACACGUUGUCAAAUGUAGUCAGUGCAAUGAAGCUACACCUAUAAAAAAUGCUCCACCUGGAAAAAAAUAUGUGCGCUGUCCCUGCAACUGUUUGCUUAUAUGCAAAAGUUCAUCUCAGAGAAUAGCCUGCCCUAGGCCUAAUUGUAAACGAAUCAUCAAUCUCGCACCUAGUCCGGUUACUCCUCCGGUUUUGUCUAUGCCUGGAAUGUGCAGAGUCUGCUGUGCUCACUGUCAUGACACAUUCUUGUUUAAUACUUUAAACAAUGCUUUGGCUCGUUGUCCUCACUGUCGUAAAGUUUCAUCUGUUGGCCCUGAUUUUGCCCGUGGACGUGGAAUUCUCUUUGUCAUUCUAGGAGUAAUCAGUUUGAUACUUGGCAUUGCAGUGACUGUUGGAACAUAUACACUUGUGAAAGCUAAUGGAGGAAUUUACGUAGCCUAUGUUGGUGCAUUCCUUCUAGCUCUACUUUUCCUUGGUAGGAGCAUUUAUUACUGUACAAUGAAGAUUAGCUUAAUAGAAGGCCCUAUGUAGUUUUUUUAAAGGAAAUUGAAGGCUGUUAACGCAAAAAGUUUUAACAUAAUUGAAUGUAAUCAAUUAAGAUAAGUUUUGGAGAAGUAUAAUUAUAAAGAAAAAUCGUUCUAUGUAAACUAAAGACAAAAAGCAAAUAGCUGGCCAUUUUAUGAAAUAGAAAGCUUCAAUUGAAGAGAUGUUAUCAGUUACACUGUUGACAAAUGAAGCUUUUUUGUUAUUUAAUAAAUUAGCUUUUUCCAUUUUUUUAAUAUUUAUAAUGAAUUAAAUAAAAUCUGAGAUUUUUUUUCUAACAAUUACUAUAAAACACUCAUUAUUAUUCGAUAUAUUGACUGAAUAAGUCCGAGAAUCAAAAGUCUUCUCAUUUUUUAUGGAUUAAUUUAAAUUGUAUCAAUGUUGGCAACAAUAAUGUCAAAUGCGAUCUAUCAAUGUCACAUGAAAAAGACAUCAUGAUAUUUAUGAAUUGGUUGUGCAAGACACUAUAAAUGCAUUGAAAUGUACACUUUAUGUUUAACUAAGGUAUUUUUCAAACUAACAGCUUUACAAUUUUUAUAAAAAUAACUUUUUCUUUGGUUAAAUGGACAAUAUCUCUUUCAAUGAGAAAAUUAAUAUAACAGCGUAACAUAUUUUAAAAUUUAUCAAUCCCAACUGAUAAAUAAAUAUUUUGUUAAUCAGAGUAUUAUAUUAGAUUAAUGUCAAAGACAUCUUAAUUUGAUAUAAAUGAAAAGUGUACAUUUUUAAUGCAGAAAAUAUUUUAAAUGAGUACUACGUGAUGAAGACUAUGUAAAAAGCAGAAGAAGAUGUUUUAUUCGCUUCUAUUUGUUAUCUUACGCAGAGAACAGAGUUACAAUAAAAUUAUUCUACAUCUUCAUCUUCUUUACAAAAAAUAGUGUAUACAUUCAGGCGCUUAGUUACGAGUAUAUAAAGUAAACUAUUUUUAAAUUAAGACUUUAUCAACAUUAUACAAGGUUUGCUGAGCAAAUUGUAUAUUUUUUUUAAUUCUUAGAUAAAUUUGCUUGAUUACAGUGUUUUUUAAGUAAGUGCUUACUUAAAAAAAAUUAUUGUGAAACAGUGAUUUGAUGUAAUCAAUUUGUUAAUUUUUCUUCUUUUGUUCGUCUUUAAUUAAUUGUGUCAGAUAAAUUCAUGUGAGUCUUGAAUUAUGAUGAAUUUUCAGCAAGUGAUACCGUAAAAUUAUGAAUUAAAAAUCAAUUUUAUAACAGUGGA